AUGGCGGCCGCGAUCCCCUCGAUCGCCUGCAUAGGCAUCAUCGGCCGCAACAACAACCCUCUCCACAUCCAAAUCUUCCCCUCCCACAACCCCGCCACAAACACCUUCGCGCCGAUCCGCACGCCCCUCCAGUUCUCCCUCCUCCUCUCCUCGACCCUCGACGUCUUCGAGCUCCGCCACGGCAGCGGCGCCUCGGGCAACACCGGCGCCAUCGCGGGAUCCGGCGUGACGGGCCUCUCGGGCGAGGUCGGCAUGCUGCACGCCGUCGACGAGCGCCUCGCCGCGUACGGGUGGGAGACGAACACGGGCGUCAAGAUUGUCGUCGUCGUGGACAUGCGCGGGCGCCGGGUCGCAGGCGGCGGGAGCGCGGCGGCCGAGGCGGCGGCCAAGGGCCGGGGCUCCGUCGGGUUGCGGGAGCAGGAGCUGCGGGUCGUGUUCCGGGCCGUGCAGAGCGCGUACGUGCGGCUGCUGCAGAACCCGUUCUACGAGCCCGACGAGCAUUCCCCCGUGUCGGGACGCGGCGGGAGGGUGAUCAAGAGCAAGAAGUUUGAGGGGGAGAUCAGGAGGAUCGGCGAGGCGUGGACGCCUGGUGUCACGGCUCUCUAA